GUUGGAGGGUCCAUGGUCGAUGAGCAGUAUCAAUUGUGUGGAAAACAGAGAAGAAAGAUAGAAUACACUGUGUGCUGGGCGCCUAAAGUAGAGCAAAACGGACCAUCAUGAUCUGCACGGAGUCAAACCACCAGCGGAUUUCGUUUGCUGGUGAUCUUGGCCAAUCCGAUAAAGGACCUGCUAUGGAACAACAACAACCAUCAGGCCCGGUUCGAAGAGACACUACUCUAUUAGAUUCAUCAAACUCUGAUUUCGAGUUCCACAUAUCAAGAAACUUUGAUCCUGAAGAUUCCUCACCAGCCGACGAGAUCUUUGCGGAUGGUAUGAUCCUCCCAGUCCUUCCUUUCCACGUAACCCCUGCAUCCGCCACGCCAAAACGUCUCUACAAAUACGAGCUCCCUCCUAUCGUCUCUACUCGUUCCUUAUCCUCCUCCUCCUCUCUUCCUCCUCCGCCUUUACCAUUGCUUGAAUACUCGAGAAAAUACAGCGUGAAAGAAACUCGGGGAAGCGUUAAUGGUCGAGGGAGCAGUGUAAAUUCGGUUUUGGAGGCAGAGAAAUCAUCAAAGUCGUUUUGGAGCUUCAAGAGAAGCUCAAGCCUUAACUGCGAUAUAAAGAAGAGUCUGAUGUGUUCGUUUCCUCGGUUAACGAGAAGCAACUCCACAGGAUCAGUAACGUAUUCGAAGAGGGAAAUGCUUAGGGAAAUUAACAAGCAUAGCUCGCAGAGACAUGGAGUCCCACGUCCAGGAGCAAAUCCGUCAUCUUCUCCUCCACCUCUCUGCUGCAGCUCGUAUCAGUUCAGGCCACAAAAACAAGCCAGAAAGAAUGGCGGCGGAAGGGAAGGAAGUUUUUGGAUUGCUCCGGUGAUCGGUGGUCCAUCUCCUUUCGGGUUAGGAUCCAUCUUACGACUUACAAAAGAGAAGAAGAAGAAGUAAUAACUGUGUGUUUUUUUUCCUUCCCAAAGUAAGUAGGAGCAGUUUGAUACCAUACUCUUCUCCUUACGAACUCUUUGUUUGAUUUUGUUAACACAUUGAGAUUUAUGCAACAAAAUCCAUGUUGAUACAUUUUUUUUAAAUCUGAUGUGACUUA